AUGGGAGAUGAUCACAAGAACGGAAGUGGUUUGCUGUCUGUCCUACAAAAAUUGAAAGGUUCUCAAGAGCAGGAGUUGCGGAUCCUCCUUCUUGGACUAGAUAAUGCGGGGAAAACGACACUGCUAAAACAAUUAGCCUCAGAAGACAUCAACACCAUUACACCAACCCAGGGCUUCAACAUCAAAAGUGUUCAAGCCCAUGGUCUGAAACUCAACGUCUGGGACAUUGGAGGGCAGAGGAAAAUCCGCCAGUAUUGGAGGAACUACUUUGAGAGCACAAAUUUACUGAUUUAUGUCAUAGACAGCGCAGACAAGAAGCGAUUCGAAGAAACAGGACAGGAGCUGGCUGAACUGAUAGAGGAGGAGAAGCUGAUCGGAGUGCCAGUCCUCAUCUUUGCCAACAAGCAGGACCUGCUCACAGCAGCUCCUGCGGCAGAUAUUGCAGAGGGGCUGAACCUACACACAUACCGCGACAGAGUCUGGCAAAUCCAGGCCUGCUCCGCACUGUCUGGAGAGGGGGUGCAGGAUGGCAUGAAUUGGAUCUGCAGCAACAUAGCAUCCAAGAAGAAAUAA